AUGAGCUCUGCGAUAGAUACGACGCGCUUAUUCAAGGGAACAGAAGCGCAAUUUCCUAGGAGAUGGCGAGGCGACGGAUGGUACCUUACUGCGACGGCCGCACUAAUUGCUAGCGGCCGGCCAGGGCUCGUGGGUCCUCUCUACAGUUAUCUCAUUUCGACACCAUCAUAUCGGACCUCUGCGGACAGACGGCGUCUUGUGCGGCGCAUGAGAGAAGCCAUGAUCAAAUGUAUCAUUCUCAACGUCCGAGAUCAAGACCAUACUUUUACGCGCAAGAAUUGGAAAGCCGAUGAAGCAAACCAUGAGCGCGGCCUCGCUGUCCUCGAAACGCUGUAUCGGGAUGACAACGCAAAGAUAUGGGCAUCGCUCGGUGCUCACGAAGACAUUCCGUGGAUAUCAACCGACAUAUCCUAUGGCCUGUUUCUAGCCGAUCACAGCGUCCUUGAUAUUGCCGAGUCAGAAUUGGUCAUCCUUCCUGCGAUUAUGUGCCAGAACCUUGCUCCCUCCACCAAAUGGCAUCUACGUGGGUGUCUUAGGGUCGGGUUGACGCGCGAAGAAGUGGAGAGCAUACAACAGUGCGUUGAACGCAUUGCAGCGGCGUGUGGAAAAGAGCUCAAGGGCUUGCCGAGAGUCUGCGAGAUACCCGAUGAGGAUAUUUGA